AUGAAGUUUGGUCAGAACCUCUACCGUAAUGUAGUGCCAGAAUGGCAGGCGUCGUAUAUCGAUUACAAGGGCCUUAAGAAGCGGAUAAAGCGUAUCUUACGUAGUACACAAGAUGAAACGGAUCCAGAUCUUGCUCCAUUCAUAUUCUCCCUUGACCGCGAGCUAGAAAAAGUCGAUCAAUUCUACAACAAACGGUUGGCGGAUUGUACCCGAAAACUAAAGAUCCUGGGAGAAAGACACAAAGAACAGUUUGAGAACGUAGAUAACAUCCCCAGACAUGAGCUUGAAGAGCAUGCUGAGGUAUUGUUGGAGCUGAGGGGUCAGUUGAGGAAGAUUGCUUGGUUUGGAGACGUCAACCGGCGGGGGUUUGUGAAGAUCCUGAAGAAACUCGACAAGAAACUUCUAGUCAAAGUCCAACAACGCUAUCUAAACUCCAAGGUCCUUAUCAAGCCCUUCGCAGCAUCAAGUGAAGUCACAGCUGCCGAACGAACUGUAAACGAAUGGCUCGAAAAGCUUGGUUUGGGAAUCCAAAUCAAGGGGAAAUCGGAGACAGAGAAACCCGAUGGCUUGUCCUUCAAAAACUCGUCUGCUGGAGGUGUUAGCGGAUUAUCUCAGGAAGUUCUAAAGACCUUCGAUGUCUCAAUCAAGAACGAUAAUAGUGAAAAACUGGAUAAGGCGCUGAAGGAUAUGCACCUCUCGAAAGACCAGUUUUCACAAAACUUAAUCCUGAAUCUAUUACAACGUGCCGCUUACGCCGAGGCAUUCAAGUGUAUUGAUUUGCUGCUCAAGCAAACAGAGAGUUUGAAGGAUACCGAAGAUAUCAACGAAAGGAAUCUACUCCACCGAAUCGUCAGAGCAAUGGGAAGGAGUACAUCCACAAAGAUGAGGAAUAACCUAGCGAACUACUCAGAGCUAUCGGUAUCCUUUAGCCGUGGUGACGCCAAUCGAGCAUUACCCGAAACUCCUGAGGAACAGGACGAGCUACCGGGAAGCUUUGAUGGAAUAUUCAAGGUUCUCAAGUACCUCCUCGCGAAUUUCCCACCUAGCUUGCGAGUAGCUUUGACAGAUCGAGAUGCCUAUGGAAGGAUACCAUUGCACUAUGCUGCCGAAUAUGGUAUUGUCCAGGUCUGUCAGACGCUAACAGAGUACAUGCAUAAAUGGGGUCAAAUCGACGGAACAGCCGGUAUUGAUAGUUCACCGUGGUGGGAUAAUGAGGGCCUUGCACCCCUUCACUUGGCGGUUAUAGGGCAACACCCAAAAACCACCAAGAUCUUACUUGAUGCGGAAAGGUUGGAAGGAGAUCCGAUCGAGAUUAUCGAGGCUCGAAAGAGCGUUUCCAAAUCUUCGGCUGUCCUGUGUCUAGCUACACGGAAUAAUGCGCCAAAGCUAGUGGAGUUGUUGGUAAAGGCUGGUGUGGAUGUCAACUUUGCGGAUGAGAAUGGAGAAUCGGCUCUCUUUAUCGCAGCGAAGUUGGGACAUCUUGAGUGUGCAAGAAUUUUGUUGACAGAGCCGGAGACGCAAAAGGUUGAUAUUGAGUUUGCAGAGGCGGCUUUUGGCUGGACCCCUCUAUUUACUGCUGCCGUACACGGCCACGUUGAAGUUGUAGCACUACUUCUCCAAUACGGAGCAGACUACGAGCGCCUUGACUCGUCAGGAUGGUCCGCCGCGGAGCAUGCUACUCUCAGAGGUCAUCUCAAGAUCACAUCAAUGAUAUUUGAUCAAUCUCAGCCAUCCGACGGGUCCGACACUCUCUCUGAUACUGCUAGCACAGUCCAGCAGGCAGUCUCGUCCCUAUCUACAUCGCCGUCAAGGUCACUGGCUGAGGCUGGUUCUCCGCUUGAGAAAGGGAGGUUCACACAACCGAACACCAAGCCGAUUAAGACGUUCGGUCACAGAUAUAUUCGAGAUAAAGCUAUGGUUCUCGUGACCCUCGGGUCGAAGGACCUUAAAGCUCCAGUCGACCCUGUGAAACUCGAGCAGAUCCCUCUGGCGCUAGCUCAUGCCACACAGUUGGAUACUGCGCUUUCACUGGUUGUUUCCGCAAAGUGUGCAGAGGGUGAAGAGAAUAUCAUUGAUCUCCCAUUGCAGGAUUCAAUCCUUACCGAACCUCUUGUUUUUGAAACCUCGGACGUAUCAAAAGUCAAGUUGAUAUUUGACUUGGUCCCAACUUACUCCGGUAGAAACGACAAAGUUCUUGGUCGUGCCGUCGCAGUUUUGAACAGUCUUCGUCCCGAAAACGCCGGUGGAAAAGUUGCCCUGCAAGGUGGACAUACCCUCCCGAUCCUCGAAGUUAGUACCCUCGAAGUCAUCGGCUACGUCAACUUCGAAUUCUUGGUCAUAACUCCGUUCUCUCACGAGAACAUGAGUGUCACUCGUGACCACACCUACUGGAAAACACUUACUGUUCCAUCGAUCAUUGGUCACCGUGGUCUAGGUAAAAAUAUCGUGGAACGUAAAUCCCUUCAGCUGGGCGAGAAUACUCUUCAAUCCUUCAUCUCUGCAGCAAACUUAGGCGCCAAAUACGUGGAGUUCGACGUUCAGUUAACAAAAGAUCAUGUACCAGUCUUAUACCAUGACUUCCUCGUUUCGGAAACCGGUAUCGACGUGCCAGUUCACAGCUUAACCCUAGAGCAAUUCCUCCACCUUAGCGAACAACAAAAUGGCCAGUCUCGCCCUGUAUCCCCCGCCCUCUCCGACAAACCCGGCGACAAGGGCCUUCCUCGCCGCUUCAGAUCACUUUCCGUCGGCUCUAGCAGCGACGACAGAACAGUCGACCUCCUUGAAAAGAUGAAAUUCACAAAGGCCCUCAAAACCAAGGGAUUUAACGCCAACACUCGUGGCAGUCACAUCCAAGGACCUUUCCAAACCCUCGAAGGCGUGUUCAAGAACUUGCCAAAGGACAUUGGCUUCAACAUCGAACUGAAAUACCCCAUGCUUGACGAAGCACAAGCAGAGGAAAUGGACCACCUAGGAAUCGAACUAAACACAUGGCUUGAUAAGAUCCUAAAGAUAGUAUACGAUCACGGCGAAGGAAGAGAUAUUAUCUUUUCCUCGUUCCACCCUGAUAUAUGUCUUAUGGCGUCUUUUAAGCAGCCUAGUAUUCCUGUUUUGUUCCUGACGGAAGGAGGUACGGCGUUUAUGUCGGAUAUUAGAGCGAGUUCGUUGAAGGAGGCGAUUAAAUUCGCCAGUCAGUGGAAUUUGAUCGGGAUCGUUUCGGCAGCUGAGCCAUUGGUGAAGUGUCCGAGGUUGAUUAGAGUGGUCAAGGAGACGGGGUUGGUGUGUGUGACUUACGGGACGUUGAAUAACGACCCGGAGAACGUUAAGAUUCAAGCAAGUCAAAGCAUAGAUGCGGUGAUUGUGGAUAAUGUUUUAGCGAUUAGAAAGGGGUUAACAUCCUAUAAGGACGGGGCUACAGAUAGUGGAAAGGAUGGCGUUAAAGAUGUGAUUAUUGAAGUUAAGGCGUAG